AUGGCCUCUCCAAGGACACUGUGUGCGCUAUCGGUGUGGAGUGUCGGCGUCGCGGUCCUGCUGCUGGCGAUCGUGCCCGAUCGGACCGACGCCAACUUCAUCACGUAUGUCGACGAUUCCGGGGAGAGCGUCACGGAUGACUACGUGAUCGAUCCGCAGCAUCGGCGGAAAAAAGUGAACCCGAAGGACUACAACGAAGCACUGGAUCGGCUGAUCGCGACGGCACUGAAUCAAAGCACGCCGGCAGGCAAUGACUCCGUGUCGUCGGAGCUUGCAUCCAGCUCGGCGGAACAGAGUGUGGCCUGCAUCGGAGACCGCAAGCCGCUACAGAUCCACACCCUGGACAAGCUGACCGUGCGCAAGUGCUGCCCCAAGGGCCAGUCGUUCCAUCGUCUAAGCAUAACCACCUGUCACCCGAUAGAUCUGUACGAGCACAUGAGCCGCUUCUCGUUGCUAGCCCGCCAGCUGGACUAUUACGGGCCGGGAUGUCACGAGUACGGCAGAUAUCUGCGCUACAACACGACGAUCGACAAGAAGUGCGUCGGACAGCGGUUGAUAUUCAACGAUCGCGGCACACAGAUGAUGCUCAUCCAGAACGGAUCGUUGCUGGUGACGCGAGGCGAUCGGUUCGAGUUCUACGAUGACUUUUGCGUGGAGGAAUCGGGCAACAUGGUGCUGGCGGCGCACAUCUGCGAAUCGCCGACGGCCGAGACGGAUCUGUUCUCCGGAUGGUUGGGCACGGUGAUGAUUGUCCUGGCGCUGAUCGCAUCGGUUAUCACCGUGCUGGCGUACAUCUUCGAUCGUACCCUACCGCAUCGGUACGGGCCUCUGAUAGGGAGCCAUGCGGGAUUCCUUGCGCUUGCCAUUCUGUUCGAGCUUCUUUUCGACACUAUCCACGAAGAACAAUACCGCCCGAUCGUGGAAGUCCUGGUGGAGAUUUCAUACGCCCUCUUCGUGCUCUUCAGCUCGAUACUGUUCUUUUCGUCCGCCACCGGAACGACCAGCAUUAACUAUCGACUGCUGCUGGUGGCGGUGUUCUUCAUCUCCUCCUGCUCGCUGAUCGCCAUGGCACUGACAUUCUACUCCGAAAGCGUCCUAUUUCUGACGGUCUUGGCCAGUUUGACGAUCACGUUGACCAUCAGUGCGGCUAACAUCUACACCUCCUUCGGACGCAACCAUCUUGGGUUCAAUAGCAGCGAGAAUCCGUUCGAAAUGAUCAACGAAGGCAGCACGGCCAAGCGAAUGGACCAACGAAAGGAGCUCACGAUCGUUUCCACGUUCGCCUGUGCCACCCAGAUCAUCGUGUGGAUACCGUACUCGAUGAACAAGUAUACGCUGCUCUCCGUCCUCGCCUGGAAUGCCAUCAUCAUUUUCGUCGUGUUUGUUGGCCUGAGGCGUCGUUCGAUCGGCCUGUGCAACGUUGGCCAGCGGCUGAAGGCCCAAAAUCCCGGAACUCCGUACGCCGAGCAUCAGAUGCCGCGAGAUACGCAAACGGUCCUACCUUCGGGGUACGCGGAUGACGAUGCGGACGAGCUGCGGGUGGUAUGAAAGGACGUACCACUUGCGUGCCCCUGAUCCGUACUUAGAAGAGAUUAUUCUUAGGCACCUCCAUAAUUCGACUUUAUUUCAUUAAAACUAGCAUAUAGCGGCAUUGUACAUAAGACGAGGACGCUGGGAGUUGAUUAUAGUUUGUUUCGGGUAGCGGAAUAGUAAAAAUUGUAACUCACGGCCUCACUAGGAGUCAGCAUCGCACAACUUUCACGAAACCGAGUCACCACUUCGCGCAGGCUGCAGCAGCCCCGGGGACAUUUUAUUUUGCGAAGAAAAUAUAAAAUAAAUCAAUAAA